UAGCAAAGCUAAUAAAUUCGAAAGGGAAUAAGCCUUAUUCCCUUCCACUCAAAGUAAAAAUUUGCGGACUUAGUGGAGUGACUAAUUAUCAAGGUGACGGAGGAGAAAAAAAAAGAAUACAGAGUUUUGGGAGUUGCAGACAACACCUUGGAAAUGAAAACUGUACUCUAUGACAUGACAAAAGAGAACAUGCUGCAGCAAGGAAGCUCUGUAAUUCUUAUGAAUUACAUUUAUAAGACGGAUCCAACAGAAUCGAUCAUAUUAACAAAAAAUUCAAAAGUAAUGAGGACGUCCAACAUUGAUGUUGGGCAAGAGCUGCUGGAUAGGGGAGAAUUAAUCGCCAACCCUCCACCAGCAGAGACCAUACCUAUCAAAAGAGUUAAGAGCAGCCCCGUAAAAACCCUUGUAUCCAUUCAGGGUCGAGUUGUUUCGGAAGAGAUGAUUAGAACUGUUAAAGUUAAAGGAAAGGAUGUCCAAGUAAAAUCGGUCACCAUAAAGGAUGAAACUGAAUCGGUGAAAGUUUCAUUAUGGAGAAACCUUUCAUAUUCAGCUGGAGUUGGUAAAUUUUUGAGCUUUACUGAUGUAGUUGUUACGAGUUACAACGACGAAGUUUCUGUGUCAACCACAACAAAGACAACCAUCCAGGAAAAAGAACCACCAACUUCAGUUGUGCGGGGAUCCAUUAUUGGAUUUGAACCAAAUGACAACAGUGUUGAUCUGCUAAUGUCUGUUGGAGAAGAAUUUCCCACAUACACUGUUUCAGCAGACAUCUUAGUAAAUUUCUUUGGCUGUACCCAAGAUAAUGUCACAGAAACAUUGCAAUCAAAACUUCCUUUCCCUUGCAUAUUGCAAGUUAAAAACACUACAGUCGAAUCGGUGUCAGAGUAA